AGAGUCCUGUGGUCUUGGCCAACGCGUAUAAAGGUCCACGCGAAAAUCCUCUAGAGAUUAGAUUUACGCACUGAGAACUCCCACGUAAGCAAACGGUUUAUUGAAAUAUUACCAGCAAAUUUUUUGAAAGGAUAUUGGUCCUAGCCGGAACUUUUCUGAAGUUUUUUUCUUCCUGGGAUUUGAACCUUUUCCAAGUGGUUCGAGCCCCCUCCUUCAUCGGGCACUGUGAGAACAUAUCCCAUGAUGCGACCACUUUUCCCGGUGACUCUGUGUUGCAUCAGCCUGCUCUCCCUGCAGCAGCAACCACUGGCUUUACCCGCUGGAGCCCGCCUGGACAGGCACAGGUUGAAUUUCCUGAAGAGGGUCCCGGAGGCAGAGGAGGGUGAGACCUUCGUCGCGGGAACCCUCCCGAGCCCCGGCGCGUCCCUCGGCCCCGCCCGCGAGGAGGCCGGCCGCGAUUGGUGGAAGCGCCUCCACCUCGUCAGAGCGCCCCCGCUGAGACGGGCCACCGAGGCCCCCGCCCAAAACGAGACCCCCCUGCACCGGGCGGACGCCGGCGUCCAGCAGAGGGCGCCGAGGGGGCGACGCCACGCCCACGCCAGGGGGAGGGGCCACCACCACCACCACCACCCGCAGCUGAUGCGCGUGGGCUGCGUCCUGGGCACCUGCCAGGUGCAGAACCUCAGUCACCGCCUCUACCAGCUGAUUGGCCAGAGCGGGCGGGAAGACACCUCCCCCAUGAACCCCAAGAGUCCGCACAGCUACGGAUGAGCCCGGAAAACGAGGAGGAGGAGGAGGAAGCGUCUUCGCGCAAAAGCAGACGCAAAAAAAAAAAACAGCAGCGCGACAAUUUAGAUAUUUAUCCCUUUUUUUGUAUUGCAAAUAGCUUUCGCAUAGAGAUGGAUGUAAUCCACUAUUUUUCUCCUGUUUUCUCUGAAAAAAAAGACUUCUAUAAUAUUUAAAGUGAUUGCUGUGUUCUUCUUUCUCCGUUGGCCACCAGGAAAAAAACAUGGGUAACGGAAAUUUGUCUCUAGGGAAAGCAUUUGGGAUGACUCACGUGGGCUGAAGCUAUUGAUUGACGAUGCUGUUGACUGUUUUCGAGAAACGUUGCCUUCAUUUCACCUGAGUAUCAUUGAGGCAUGUUCUGGCCUUUUCUACCCAUCACUCAAAACACUGUGAACCCCGGUAGCUUUAAGCCCGAAUCCUAUUCCAGAAUAACAGCUGGUUCAGCAACCUUCACAAGAUGACAGUGCAUGACAGGAAAUGUAAGCGUAAUGCGAAAUGUCCCUCCCCAACCUGGAAAAACUACGGGAAAACAGACAGCAAGCCUGCCCAGGAGGCUUUUAGGUUACUCUCUAUUUAACAAGUGUAUAGGUUUUUAAUGUGGAUUUUUACUAAAGGUGAGAUUCGAGCUCAUUCAAGUCUUACACCAUGGAAUUCCAGGAACUGGUGAAGAUAGUUAAUUUCUCUGAGACCACAACGCAACUGCCCCUUGAAAUAUCUUCCAAGCUGGCCUGCGAGUGAAGCCUGACACCAAGUGCCGAGACCGUCCACCUCUGUCAUUCUGUCCAAAAACCCCCCGGGUCGAACAUCUCGCACGUGAAAGAGUGCAGCGGUUAAAAGUGGACUGUGGAGACGUAGGCGUCCCACAUCGUCAGCUUGUGACCGCUGAGAUAAAUAUUGGAUCGGAGGCAAACACUGAAAUCCUGCCUUUGACACCCAACAAUGUGGUCAGAGGCUGCAAUUGCUCAAGAAAUCAAUGCAGUGGAGGACACUGGGGAUUUCCACCUGGAUUCUGUCGUAGAAAUCCAGUACCAACCAGCCAGGCUGGGGAAGGAGGGGGGGGGGAGGGGGUGGCGUGUGGAGAGGGAGGGGGGUUACACUAUGUGCUGGAUCUUAAGCAAAAAAAAAAAACGGAGCAUUGCGCUGUUCUGAACGAAAAAGUGCAACCACAAUGAGUGCAGUUUUUACACCAUGACUGAAGACUUGGUCAGCCAGUCUUUGAAUUCUGACUGCCGAUCGUACUUCAGUCCAUUCAUUCAUUAGUGGCUGGUCUCAGAUUUCUAAGCACUAAACUCCGUUGACUCCUAAUUUGUGAGAAUUGUUUUUAAAAAAUUGUGAUUUACAAUUCUCUAUCAAUACGUGAGCAAAACUCACUGCUUUCAGAAAAGUUGGGUCUACUCAUUCUGUGCACCUGGCGGCAAGAUUAUGUUUGACGCGAUUAUGUUAUGAAAAGUUCCCAAAAAAAAUUAAUAAAGGAAAUGCCCAUGAAAUUAAAUGAAUAGGCUCGCUGCCAGGAAAGCUUUGCUCUAGUACACUUCAUAUUUCAACAUCAGUACUCCCUGACUUGGUCUGUGGACAGAGCGCCAUAUCCAAUACAACACAGUUUAAAGGGGGUAUUUCUGCAAGAUUUACGAGAACAUAUCAAAGGUUUAUAGGCUGAAAGAGGAAGUAGCCAGGAUAUGAGGCUCAAAGAUAUGUUUUUCAACUAUCUUGGCCCUACAAGCAGAUACCUUACCCAUAAUGCUGCCAAACCAAAGAUUAACAUAGGUUCCCUAUACAAAAAUGGCACAGUAGCUUUUGAACUGCAAUAAAAUAUUUGUGUGUCAAGCAUAUCUAACUGACUGCAAUAUGCAGAUCUUUUGUUCAGCUGUGUGGGUUUUAAACUGAGGCCCAUGGAUUUACUAGCAUUUGAUGGAAGGAUGGACUGUACCAAAGAUGGAUGGUAUCUGAUUAAGACUUACCAAGAGUGAAACAAAAUAUUAUAUGUUUUAAACUCACUUUGCUUUUUUCAUUGGUAGGAAGAAAAAAAAAUCAGUAUUCAAGGUACUGCAAAGCAAUAUACAGUAGCUGCACCAUAACAUCCAGGAUUUAAAAUUCCACGAUUAUGCGGCUGAAAGUAAGAUUUAUAUGACAGACCUAAUUCUCUCGGUUACAGAGGGUUAAGAUGGUUAAUGUAAUCCCUUGCAUUCAGCUAUGCUUUCCCAGACUGAGCUCAGUGUGAGUCCUGUACAAAUAGAUGUCAUUAAGAACAUGCGUUUCUGCUACAGUUUCUGGCUGCACAUGUACAGUAUAUACUCUCACAUAUAUCAGCGUGAAAACCAGUUUCCAAAGGGUAUUCCAGAAAGUUUAAAGCUUAAAGAUUGAACACUAUUGAACACAAGUGUACGUUCUCAGUUCAGAGUUUCGUUUUUUUGAUGAACCCCCUAUUUUAAUGCAUUUGACUACUUGCAUUGCACCUUAACACCCUAUCUGGCCAUAUCUGGAACACCAAUUAACCGGCCCUUCUGGUUAUUCCAGCCAAAAUGCCUCAGUGGUGCCUUCCCUUCAUCAUUUGGCAACAGUCCGGUCCCUUGUUGAUACGUAUUUUUAUACGUAUGCGCAUUUUUCCACACAAACUACUCUGUAAGUCUGUCAAGGGAUUUCAGGGAACACAAGUAAACCGUACGUCACCUCUUUUCAUCGACUAAAGGUCGACUCCUUAAUCUUCUCUCCCUGCUUCCGUGCACUUGGCAGUUUGUGGUAAUGGUAGCAGCCUGGUUUUUUUAUAAUCUGCGGUGUUUGGUUUCUGGUAAACCUGUCCACGAGCCCUUUCGCUUGCUUGCUUGCCGGAUUCAUUGUGCUGUGAUGGAUCAAAUCGCUGUCUCGUGACUGACAAUUAAAGUGCUUUCAAACGCUGAAAACCUUCUGUCGGAUUCUGUACUUUUAUAAUGUCCCGUGAGUGUCUGGGUGUGUUUCAAAUGCGGUCACACACGCCACUUAGGAUUACCUCAGUGUUUUCUUUUUAGUUUUUAUUUUGCAGAUGACAGUGUUUUGGGUUGUUGGGAUGGGUUACACCAGCAGCACCAAUAAUUUUUCAGCACCGGUUGAUGUUUAUUUAAAACGCUUGGCCAGACAGGCACUAUGACUGGCUAUUUUUAAAACCUUUAACAUCUCCCUUCUCCCUGGGACAGUGCUCAUAAAACUGCCAUCUUCUGUUAACCAUCGUCGACCUGUUUGUGUCAGAAUCUGGGAUCAGGGCCUUCUCGAGCCGAGCCAUAGGAAGCACGUCCUGUCAGUGUGUACUUUCAGUUUUUGUCCAUAGUCUAUUUAUAUUCUGAAAACUGCUGCUUUUCAAUAUGUUGAGCGUGAUUCAUGGAGGCCUAAAACAUUUUUUUUUAAAUGCUGUGUAUGGUGCCACACAGGUGGUGUCCUAAUAAACAAAUUCACGUUAAUAACGACAAAGUAUUUUAUAUUGCCAAGGACGGGGCUAACAUCUGUGCACCGACAUAUGUUGCCUAAGGAAUUGCUUUCGUUUCGAGAGCUUAAAUACAGGUAGAUUGUAGGAACAGGCUUUUGUUAUAUAACCCACAGGCCAACAUCGAUACACAGAAUCUACCCGUCGCCCAGCAAACACACACACAGUUUAGAGCUGCAUGCAGUACAUCGUAUUCUAGUCAAGUACAAUAUUCUGUCAUCCAACUCUCUAAGUGCCAGAUUUUAUUAUUUUAUUUUUUUUUGCAUUAGAGUUCCCAUAAGCUAACGAAAGGUCAGUUGGUUUUUUUUUUUUCCGACAAAACAUUAAAGCACUUUAAAACAGGUAGCAAACGUGUUUAGUUAGUUACUUGAAUUUAAGACCAUGUUAUUUAAUAAGUUAAUGAAAGUUUGUUGUAUAUAGUGCAUUUCAGAAACGUCUGUGUGAAUGUAUUCUGAACGGUGUCCAUAGCAUUGUGGAUGACAUAGACAAUGGAAUCAUUACUAUCUUGUACGCUUUGUUAAUAUAUUAGAUGUAAUAUUUAAUAAAAUAAGUAUUGUUUUUAAGUGAAAUUUGUAUGUGUAUGUGUAUCUCACCAAAGAAAAUAUUCAUCGCUUAUGUUUCUCCUACACAGAGGUGAUACAUAUCUUUCAAAGUGCUACUUCAACAGUAAAGAUGAUGUACUUCUAAGGAAAAGUGGACAGCCAUUUGAAUAUAAGUUAAACGUGUUAGCUUCUGGCACUGUCCUUGACAAUCUGUGAAAUAAAGAAUUACUUUGUAGUAAGAUUUUUAAAAA